CAUCAGGGUGGAGUUUGUCAAGUGAUGUCUGAAUGAAAACGAAGGUAUCUACACAUUCAAGACAGAGAGACAGAGAUAGAGAGCUUGUCUGCAACCUCCUCCUACAGACAGCUGGAGAGAAACUCACACUGACUCAACUCAUCACAGUGUAAUCUUAGCUCGGAUUUGUUAUGCCAUCUAAAACACUCACCACCACAUCAAACAAGCGCAUCACUGUACAAACUGAGGAGAGCGUGGAUGUGACAAGCACACGUCAUGUUAAAGAUCAAUGUGAGAUGGAAACCAGAGCCCAGACAUCAUUGCCCAGAUACCUCAGAUUUACACAUCGCAAUCAGAAGGAGCUGGGUGUUUUCACCACAGAGCUCAUUCCUGUAGGGACCCGGUUCGGCCCGCUGCAGGGAGAACCUCUCCACCCUGAAGAUAUAUCUGCAAACAUCAGCCGGAAACACAUCUGGAUGAUCUUCUCGGAGGGGCGAUUACAUCACUUCCUGUCUUGUGAGCAUGAGAGCGACUGCGGUUGGAUGUGCUUUGUAAAUUCUGCCCCAUCUCCGUGGCAACAGAAUCUUGCAGGAUUCCAAAUUGGAAUGCAGGUUUAUUUCUAUGCAAUGAAGGAUCUAAUGCCGGGGGAGAAGCUACUGGUGGGGCGGAGCCUAGAAUACAAGCGGCCAAUGAGCGCCUUUCUGAAACAGCCACCUCCCCCACACCCUAAUUCUCAAGAUAAAGAUCAGGUGAGGAGUAGAAAGAGAGGUUAUACUGUCACUGAGAUCCUGGAUCUGAAUCCCGGGACUGAUCAUCACACUGUAACUCCACUUAGCACCAUCACACCAUCUAAAUAUGGGGAAAAAGUGACCAGAGACCUGCAGAAUCCAAAAUUACCUCCAUCUUUGAUGACUAAUAACUUCUCUGACAUUCCUUUAAACGUAGGAGGACAUGUAUACACCCCUGCUAUUCCACAGUCCUUUAUGCCAAGGUAUAUAUGGCCUAUUAUUCAGUACGUGCCUUCACAUCAGCCAAUAAGAUUUGGCCGAACAGCAGCACACAUGUCCCAUAAUAUUCCCAUUCCACCAAUCCACAUGUAUCCAUCACUUUUGAGUCAAACAUCCAAAGAGAAUCACCUUUCAUUAGCGUUGACCAAUAAAGACGACCUCAAAAUUGAUGUGAGAGACUCUACAAUAAGAGAGACAAAACCUAAAGACUUAACAAAUAUGUCACGUAACCCACCGCCAACCCUCAGCAAUGCAACCGAUCCCUCUCCUGCUGAAGUAUCCAGUGCUGAUGACAUCACAGCCAAUAGAGACUCACCUGAGAUGGGUGUGGCUUCCCCAGGUUGCUCCUCCUCUGACAGACACAGCACAGAGUCUCAGGGCGCCCAGAAGCGACAGACUGUAGGUUACAAGGCUUUACCGUAUCCAUUGCAGAGACAGAAUGGAAAGAUCCAGUAUGAAUGUAACGUUUGCGGGAAGAACUUCAGUCAGCUGUCAAACCUGAAGGUGCACCUGAGAGUUCACAGUGGUGAGAAGCCGUACAGGUGCGAAAUCUGCAGAAGGAACUUCACCCAGCUGGCUCACCUUCAAAAGCACAUCCAGGUUCAUACGGGAGAGAAACCACAUGAAUGCCAUGUGUGUAACAGGCGUUUCAGCAGCUGCAGCAACCUGAAGACUCACCUGCGGCUGCACUCAGGUGAACGGCCGUACGUCUGUAAGCAAUGCCCCGCCAGCUUCACCCAGCACAUCCACCUGCGGCUCCACAGACGCCUGCACAACGCUUCACACUCACACCAGUGCCCGCAAUGCCCUCGCAGGUACACACACCUGUGCAGCCUACAGAUCCACAUCCACCAGUUCUGUCCUGCCACCAGCGUCACAGGCUCCGCCUCUCAGCUGGACUUAGCCAAUGACGCGCUCGAGAGGUUUGAUCUCGGCGAAGGUGCAGAAAGCCUUGAGGUUAAUAUGGAGACGGAGUCCAUAAAAAGGAUGUGCCAGGUGAUCUGGACACAGGUACUUGCAGAUCCACCUGUCCUCCGGAAGCAGGAAGCAGCACAGGUCCAAAUAAUAAAGAAAUGAAUCGUCCAGGCCUCUUUCUCAAAAGGUUUCCAUUAAACAAGAAGGUGAUCAGUCUGAUAUUUGUAAGAGAUGCACAGUCUUGACAGUCUACAGGGUGUUUUCUGUGAUUUUCUGUUUUAUAGUUUUAUAUAGGUGUUUCAUUUAUAUUUUAAACAUACAUUUUUAGUUGUUUUUGUUUUUAUUUGACUGGCUUAUCAUUUAAAGGGUAGGUAACACACACAGUUUCUGCCAAUCUCAUCUUAAUCUUGAGUACUUAUAGAGUAGUAUUGCAUCCUUCAUAUCUCUGAAAAGUCUUUAGUUUUAUCAUAUUUAUAAGAUCAUCUGCAAGCUGUGACAUCAUUAUAAAUAAAAAGGGAACAAAAAAGUUCACGUUGUUUACAUUAUAUGAACUUUUGCGCCGAUUGCCAACAAAACACAGACAUUUGAUGCAGUUUUACUCACCGCCCGCGAUCUGCAAAUCUGUCGAACUGGGACUUGUUUACAUAACAUUCGUCAUUGAAAUUGCGAAUACAUGCACAACUCCGUUGCUGCCCCAGAAAAACAAACUUCAUCCACUGUUCGUUAACGCUGAGUUCUUUGGGAAGGUGAAAAAGGUAAUCUUUCCCUCGCAACCAAAAACACACUCCUUUGGUGACAUUGUUGAAAAAUCUCUCGGCUUCCGUAUCCCGAACGAAGCGCGUUGAUGGGCGUAGGCUUGCUCUUGCUAUGGGUAACGUGUGUGUGCACGCUUAUCAGGGAGGAGUGCCUAUACGAGGAAAUCCGCCCUUUAUUACGUGAUAAAAGGCCAUACUCGAAAAAAACUCUCUGAAACAUUAUCCAAAACCGGAAGUAGUGUAUUUGGCACAGAAAUACUCUGUCAUACGUCCAACUCGUGUUUUGAAACUUUGGCCAUGUUUAGCAUGAGAAUCCAACUCUUUAACAGUGUAAAUAAGUCAGAAUGCAUGAAAUAGCAUUAGCAUUGUUGAAAUGAAUUAAUCCUUUUAAUUGGCAAGGAUGCAUUAAAUUGAUCAAAAGCGACAAUAAUGACAUUUAUAAUGGUGCGCAAGAUUUCUGAUUCAAAUAAAUGCUGUUCUUUUAAACUUUAUAUUCAUCAAAGAAUCCUGAAAAAAUAUACAACUGUUUCUACAAAAAUAUGAAGCAACACAACUGUAUUCAACAUGAUAAUAAUAGUAAAUGUUUCUUUAGCAGCAUAUUAGCAUAUUAGAAUGAUUUCUGAAGGAUCAUGUGACACUGAAGACUGGAGUAAUGAUGAUAAUGCUGUUUACUUUAUUUUUGAUCAAAUAACAUUUCAAAAACAUUAAAAAACUUAACAAAGCCAAACUUUUCAAUGGUAGUGUGUGUGUGUGCGUGUGUAUACAUACAUACACACACACACACACACACUCAUAUUAUCAUAUUAUCAUUAUAUUUGGAUAACGUCUAAUUGUCCUAAAUGUUGCAGUCACUGGAUUUAUGUGUUAUUAUGUGAUAAACUACUGGCAAAAGACGUUAAAUCGCUUAUAGGUGAGAUCAGGGCUGUCACAAAUGGGUUUAAGUUUUUAAAUUUUUUUUGUUUUUUUUUUGUUUAAAUAAAAUUCCAAUAUGAUCAUAUUUUUGCAAUAUGUGUUGAUUGAACACAUGAGCACAAUAAAACCACACAAACAUGCUUUCAGACAAGAGUCGACUACAGUAUAUGACAAAGUUUAAGGAUGAACUAUUCUCAGGGUAUGAGUAUUUUCAUGAAUGUCAAGUUGGAGAAAGCAGCUGUCAAGUGUUUUAUGUGUUGUAAUUUUAUAUAAUUUAUUAGUGCAAUUUCUGUUACCCAAAACAGUGCUUUAAUAUUUUUAUAUAGUGUAUUUUCCAUUUGUUCUAUUUCAUGACUUUGUUUUUCAUGUUUUGCUAUUUAAACAACCAUUAAAUAUAUUAUACUACAUUUUAAA